AUGGCAGUCCAUUACUGGGCAGCUUUAUUGCUAGCGUUGACAUGCCUCUUCAGUAUUUCAGAUGCUAGUGUUGGCGAUGCCGAUCCAAAUUACAGGGCAUGUGUUACUGAAUGUGAGAUAAGCGGUUGUGUUGGACAAGAUUGCUUUCCUCAAUGCAAUUCUUCAUCCAAUGGUGGUCCAUGGUACAUUCAAGAGCCUCUGUAUUUACAAUGGAAAAAGUGGGGUUGUCAAGGUGAUUGCCGUUAUCAAUGUAUGGUUAAUAGAGAGAGAGAACGGGAGACUCUCGGUCAAGCCCCGGUCAAGUAUCAUGGUAAAUGGCCCUUCAAGCGUGUCCUUGGAAUUCAGGAGCCUGCUUCUGUUGCUUUCUCUGUGCUCAACCUAGCAAUGCAUUUCCAUGGUUGGCUUUCCUUUUUCAUCACUCUGUACUAUAAGUUGCCUGUGAAACAAGAUAAGACUGCCUACUAUGAAUACGUCGGGUUGUGGCAUAUCUAUGGUCUUCUCUCCAUGAACUCUUGGUUCUGGAGUGCUGUUUUCCACAGCCGGGAUGUUGACCUCACAGAGAGGUUGGACUACUCAUCCGCAGUAGCCGUUCUCGGAUUCUCACUCAUCUUAUCCAUCUUAAGAACCUUUGAUGUUCGGGUCGAGGCUUCAAGAGUCAUGAUAUCCGCUCCAAUACUAGCUUUCGUUACCACCCACAUACUAUACAUUAACUUCUACAAACUCGACUAUGGUUGGAACAUGAUUGUGUGUGUGGCCAUGGGAGUCAGUCAACUUGUCCUAUGGGCAAGAUGGGCCGCCGUCUCGAGCCAUCCUUCUAAUUGGAAACUAUGGGUGGUUGUGAUUGUCGGAGGCUUAGCCAUGCUUUUAGAGAUAUAUGAUUUUCCUCCAUAUGAAGGCUACUUCGAUGCUCACUCGAUAUGGCAUGCCGCUACAAUUCCUCUUACCAUUCUCUGGUGGAGCUUCAUUAGGGACGAUGCGGAGUUCAGAACUACCAGUCUCCUCAAGAAAUCUAAGACAAAGGCAAAGUGA